CCCGAUCCUUUCCAAGAAUAGCACGCAGCACGUUACGGCAAGAGCGACCCAGACCUAACGGUUCUUGGCGCUGUCACCCAGAACUCGCGACUGAACAUGAUUUUUGGGACAACACUCCCGCCUCGCCCACGGUUCAUCCACGACGAAUCACGUGGCACGCAUGUCUGCCUGACUCACUCCCAAAUAUUGCGACACCGACUGCGACAUCGAUUCCACUACCAGACAUAUCGCGCGCGCCGAACAGCUGCCCUCUGCCAAUAAUACUCUCGUAUUCAAACAUUCUCACAUACGAACAGCUCCACCAUGGACGAAGGUGGCAAGCGCAAGCACAGCUUUCGCCAACAACCAAACAAGCGGGCAAAGGCUGAGGAUGGCUCCGCGCUCAAGUCUGGCUUCGGUGCCAAGAUGCUGGCGAAGAUGGGAUACAAGGGCGAGGGUGGUCUUGGAAAAGAAGGUGGUGGUAUCUCAGAGCCCAUCCAGGUCGUGAAUCGAGGCACCAAGGGCGGUAUUGGUAUCGUCGCAGAAAAGAGCGAGCAGCAACGGCGCGAAGAGCGGCGCAAGGCCGAAGCAAAUGGCGAGAAGUAUGUCGACACGUCGGAAGAGGAGCGCGAGGAGAAGAAGAAGCGAAAGGCCAAGGCUCGGGGCGAGACACGAACCUCAGCUCCACGACCGAAGAAGACCGUCUUCGAACUCGAACAGGCUGGUAUGCAUGUACCACUUGCGCUACAAUCCAUUAUCGAUGCGACAACCGGCGCGUCUACCCCUACUUCAGGCAUGUCACUCCGCGGUCCUGACAUUGUCCCGUUCGAGAACUCCUUACAAGCGCGCGUACGUCAAGAUUUGAAUAGCUUCUCAGAGGCAUUCGAACAGCUGCAGGUUGAGUCGCAAGCCAUUCCCCCUCAGGAAUACGCGCUGCAGAGAGAAUUGGAAGCGCUCGAAAAGCAGAUGGACGAGCUCGAGGACCUACAAGCGCGGAUUGAGUCACUACGUACAGGUACCUUUGACGUUGUCUGCGAAGGUCUCAAGAGCCUGCGCGCGGCCUACCCGUCCAAGCCACUACACCGUGAAUCCAUUGCCGUCAUACAUCCCCACUUCUCCAAAGCGAUUGCUUCCUGGGAGCCGCUCGAGGGUGCGCUGGAGGGCGUGGCGGCAGCCUUCUCUGAAAUGGCGAAUAUCAUACAGCCCCGAAGUAGGAGGGUUGCAUCCCAGGCCUACACCCACCCUUCCGAAGCAUUGGUCAGUCGCACCGCAAUCGACGAAGAAGACACGAUAAAACGCGGCACCACAUCGUCAUAUGAGACCAUGAUGCUCAAAUACUGGCUACCUAGAGUAAGCUCAGCUAUAACACAAUGGGACGUCAAGAACCCACAGCCCAUGGUGCACCUGCUAGAAGUUUGGAAGCCAGUUCUCCCACCCUUCAUCGCGAAGAGGGUGCUUAAACAGGUGACUACAAAACUCUCCACUUCUGUCCACGAGUGGAACCCGCGAAAGUUCAAGAAGAGCCCACAUACAUGGAUCGUCGAGUGGCUACCUUUCCUUAGGCCAGCGGACUUGGACCCCAAGGGAUCAGGCCUGGUCGCCGAGAUCAAGCGCAAGAUCCGCCAUGCACUGCAGUCUAUCGAUCUUUCCAAAGGUCCAUUGCCAGGGAUGGAACAGUGGAGAAGGGUCUUUGGAAAGGCGGAGUUUGAUCAUCUACUCACUUCCCAUCUGGUACCUCGUUUGUCCGCCUUCCUACGAGACAGCUUUGAGAUCAACCCCGCCGAACAAGAUCUUGCGCCACUCGAGGCUGUAUUCGCCUGGAAAGGACUGAUAUCGAACGAGGUUAUUGGAGAGCUUCUGAAAGCACAGUUCUUCCCCAAGUUUCUCGAGAUCAUCCAUCAGUGGCUCACGAGCCCGGAAGUGGUCUUUGAGGAAGUACAAACGUGGCUUACCUGGUGGAGGACUGAGAUCUUGCAGGACGACAUCAACAAUCUGCCAUCAGUCGCUUCGUCAUGGAACGAGGCAUACUCACUCAUCAAUACGGCAUUGGAUCUUGGCGAUGCGAGACUGACAGAUCUGCCCGCGCCUCAGGUUGAAAGCACGGGAGCUUCGCCAGAAGUGUCCCAGUUCUCCAAGUCCGUCAAUCAACAAGCAUCCCGUCCUACACCGCAAGUCGACGAGCCGACUUUCAAAGACAUUGUAGAGGAGUUCUGCGCCGAAGAGAACCUCCUUCUAAUCCCCCUCCGCGAAGCCCACGACCAGACCGGUCUGCCGCUGUUCCGUGUCACAGCGAGCGCAACGGGACGCGGAGGCGCAGUGGCGUAUCUCAAAGGCGAUAUUCUGUGGGUACAAAACAAGAAAGACAAGAGUCUCUGGGAGCCUACCGGUCUGGACGCCACCCUCACGGCCAAGGCAGAGGGCAAGUGAUGCCUCCCACCUCACUCCAAACUGCGUAUUGUACACCACCUCGGUGCUCAGUCCCGGCAGGGUAAGCUCCCAUAGCCUCUCCUGGGCAGAUAUGUUUGCUAGCAUUCGCUAAUCCAGCAUCGGUACGAUGCUUCCUUAGGUAGUGAUAGUGAUGACGACUCGCAGUCAGUCGAGGCUAUAAUAAAGCCACGUUAUCCCUCCACCAGCGCCUGUCUGUAAGGCAUACCAAAGUGCCGAAAGUGUUGCAUGAAUCGUGAACGAAAGAGGAGUACGGCCAAUGCGAACGGCUGUCACAGCAUCGG